AAUGACUACUUUUGUGAAAAUAAACUAAAAAAGCUAUCCUAAAAAUUUAUUAUUCCAUUUAAUCUUUUUUGAUCGGAAUCCAUUUGAUCUCUUUGUAUUAUUUAUACCAAUAAAAAUAAUAAUACUACUGUAUGUAUAUUACGAUUUGGUUUACUUCUACGUAAUUCGGUUUUUCAAUGAUUGUAAUUAACGACUCAUUAAUAUCCUUUUGAAUAUUUUCAUUCUUUCCAUAUUCAAUAGUCGAUUUAUAGUUGACGAGUUCAAAUUUUGAGUUUGAACUUUUUCAUCUUAAUCUAAAGAUCUAUCUAGAACAAUUUUAUAGUUUCUCAUUCAAGAUUUCUCUAACUUAUGAUAUCUAAACAACUCUGGAUCCGAGGAGAACCAUAGCAAUUUGAUACGUUCAUCAUAUAUACUAUAAUAUAAUUUGUGUACCCAAAAUCAAGUAGUAAAUAUGAUUUUUGUUAUCAUUAAUUAAAACGAUCUAUACAUGUGCAGAUAAGUCCAAAUUAGUGUUUAGCGAUGAAAUUUUCAUCGAGGGAGGAAGCAAAACGAAAGAUUGAUGACUUGCAUAUUCAUUAGCUUUGUUUAACAUUCAGAUUCCAGAAUAAUGGGGUUUAACUAUGUGAGGAAAAGGCAUAUUCCUCGAAUUUCAUAUGUGGCGGCGCUAGCCACGGGAUUAUUACAAUUUGCAAAAGAAAGUCAUAUCCAAGUAAGCCCUCACGACACGUCUCCAUUGCUUGUCAAUGUAGAUAGACUUGGAACGUAAAAUUUCUAUGUGUAGGGUCUUAAGAGAGACAGACUAGGUUGGAUUCAUGUGAAACUAUUUUGUAAUUUACACGAACCUAAAUUACAUGAAUGGAUUGCACGUAAUUUCGUAUUCUAUAGGGUUCUCAAAGUUUGUUGUCACUUAAAAGUUAAAACACAAUUAUAACACUCGUCAAAUUUAAAACAUGCUACACAAUAAUAUAUUUCAGCACUUCUAGUCGGUGAAAUCAAAACACAAAAACAUCAUCAACUCAUUUGAUUUAUGGACUAUUAGUUUUUUUUUUGUAACAAUGACGUGAGUUUAAUCGCAAAGGACACAAAUUACAAAUAUAAGCUCUUUUGUAACAUCUGAAAAGAGAGUGGUAAAAUCAUAUUUACUGAUCCAGUCGCAUUUUACCUAAAUUUUUUUACAAAACUCGCGGUUCACUUUUUUCAAAUAAAAAAAAAACUCGCGGAUCACCAAAAUCUAUGUGGACCUUUGAGUAAUUAGUCUUCGUCAAUAACUCACAUUCAAUCGUAGAAAACAAUAAAACACGACCACGCACCAAAAUAGUACUUACCUAUCAUUUCCUUUUAGAAUAUUUAGUUUUCAGAGAAUAAAUAAGUUGGGAAAUCUGUUUUUUUAGAGCCAAAAAAAGGUAACUAUGUCCCUUUAGACUAAUCUGUACUACUUUAUGUCCUAUUAAACUAAUUUUUUCGAAAAUGGCAAUAAUGCCCUUAAAAUUGCAAUUUUUUUAAAAAGAUAAAUAAUGAGUUCGACAAGCGGGAUCGAUCGAUCCAGCUUUACAAGUUACAGUGGAUCGAUCGAUCCCGAUAAUUAUUCAGAACAAAAAAACGCGAAAUAUAUACUGAUCGACCUGGUCCAUUUCACUCGAUCGGCGAAGGUCGAUUCUUUACAGAUCGACCGAUCCACUAAGGAUAGAUCGAUCGAUCCCGUGCCCAGGAAAGAAUCCCAAAUCGAUUUUUUUGGUUUUGUAUGAUUAUAUCCGGGUUGAUUCCCACUUGAUUUGAACCGACUAAGCAUGAUUUCAACUCUUUAAACUCGAUUUCUCUGGGACGAAAUCCUUAAUUUCCCAUUCACGAACAAAGGGGGAGAAAAUCAAAUUCUCACCCAAAGUUCAUUAACCCUAACUCACUCAAUUCUCUGAUUUGGACGAUUAUUUGGCCUAACUCAUACGAUUUUGUGAGCUUUUUACGAAUCUAUCACUCUUUAGUUUGUUCUGCAAAGGUAUAAAACUCUAUCUCCACUUCUUUUUAGAGUUUGAAAAUAGAAAGGUAAAAGGUAAUUUUUUUGGGUUAGUUAAGAUAUUUAGGCUUCAAUCAUGUGUUAAGGUGAUGAUUAGAGAAGAUUUUGUACACAAUCAUGGUUUAAAUCAUAUUUUUGGGAUAGAUUUAGGAAUUUUAGGUUUUUGUUAUUAAUAGAUAUAUGCUGUAUUGUUUUCAAAUUUCAGAUAUGGAGUUGGAGUUGCCUAAUCGUUUAUACGGUGAGGGAUUGGAACCUCAGGUUAAGAAGAUUAAUAACAGCUGCCGACUAAAACUUCUCGAGUUGCUAAAAGAAAAAAUGGAACCAGAAUUCGAUGAAGUUAUGAAAGAUCCCAUUUUUUCACAGAUUAUGGUUAUCCAGAAGAAUGAUCUGAAGUUUUCGGCGAGGUUGGUACACUCUUUCUUGUGUAAGGAGUUGAUGACAAGCAAGAGACAUGAGAAGUGGUUCACUUUCGCUAGGAGACCUAUGCGUUUUGGAUUGCAAGAGUAUCAUGCUGUCACUGGUCUGAAAGUGAAGCGAGAGAAUAACAGUGGGCUAGUGACAUGGAAAGACGAUAAUGGUUUUUGGAGCAAGCAGAUAAAGACAAAUGGAAAAAUAAAUUUGCAGAUCAUAAAAAGAAGCAUUUGGAAGAGAGCAAUACCUGGACUUGGGUUGAUAGGGUGAGACUGAUAUAUCUUUGCGUUAUUAUGGGUGUGGUGAUGGGAAAGGAUGAGAAGGUGAAUAUCCCGCAUCUGUACAUGAAGUUGGCGAUGGAUUUGGAGAAGCUUCGGAAUUACCCAUGGGGUCUGUAUUCGUUUGAUUUCCUUCUGAAGCAAAUUGAUAAAACAAGGCAUAAAUUAGAGCAGAAAGAGGGGUAUCUGAUGGAAGGAUUCUUGUUUGGUUUCCAAAUUUGGAUAAUGGAAGCUGUUCCUGCUUUAGGAGAGAUUUGUGGCACAAAAGUCAGUAAAAAUUUUACAGGUCCACUGUGUGGUAAUUGGAGAGGAUGUGCAAAAUGUUCUUAUGAAGAUAUCAUUGGCGUUGAGAACUUAUUCCCAGAAAACGGGAUUUUGCAUUCAUUCAUGGAAUCCCACAUAGAUGGAGUGGUCCUUUUGGCAACUGAUUUUGUACAGAAGGAUGAGAAGAAAGAUGAAAGAGUAUAUCGUAUUUUAGAUAUGAUCAAUAGUAAACAUGAUUGGAACAAUCAUGUUUGGGGAGUAAAAGAAGCUACAAACUCUGAAUUUGAGGAAUCUGGCGAAGAGAAAGGAGAUGAUCAAAGAGCUGAUACUGAGAGAGGUGAAAAUAGUCAUGUUGCAGGGAAUGUUGAUGGCACAGCUGAUGUUUCGGGAAGAAACAAGAGAAAGCAUGCAGACCGAGGAGCAGAGUCAAGGAAGAAGAAUGUUUUGUGCCACCUAGCUGCUUCAUCAAAAGGAAAUAUUGACACAGAUAUGAAAAAUUUCUUGGAGGAUCUGGUACAAGCUUCUUUUACUACUUUUGGGGAGAAAUUCUGUCAGCAGUUCUCGGACAGGUUGGGUAAGAUUGGACAAUUUGAUGAAUUGAUCAAUCCAAUAGGAAGGUUACUCAACUCCAAAUCAGCAUCUGUUUCUUCAAAACCAAAAUCCUCUAUAACAAUUUUCUGUAACUCUUCCAGAGAAAACUUCAAUUCCAAAGCAAGUAACCUUCCCCCUUUCUUUUUAUCAACAUUAAAACUCCAACCCGAAGAUACAACCAAUUCCCAAACACCACAUGAAGCAUAGACAUGAAUCAUGGUAGAAAUAAUGUGAAAAUUUUGUGAACAAUCAAUGGAAUAUAGAAGACGGCGAAGAAGGUUGCCAAGGUUUUUUUUGUCGUUUUUUUUUGUUCUUUUUCGUUUUUUUUUUUUUUUUUAAAAAAUCGAUUUUUUUAAAAAAUAUAAAAGUGAAUAUUCUCAAAUAUUUUGUUUUCAUAUUUUUAGGAACUGAUUUCUUAUCCGUAGAAUACAACUAAUAUGUAGAAAU